AUGGUUACAAGACUCGAGGGGAAUAACGAGCAACCAAUUAGGAUGGGGAGAUGGGGAUUAACAGGUUCUGGAUUUACUUGGGUUUCAACCAGCCGCAAGCGGAGGACCUGCAAUGUAAAUCCUCUCUCCUUGCUCCUGUCAUACCGGUUGUUUAGGUAUCUUUCUGUUCUUCGUAAUUUGCUUCACCCAGUUUAG